AUGACUGCCCAAGUACUAGGCCCCUCUAUCGAAUCGCAGAUCGAGGCUCUGUUUUCCAUGUUCUCUGCGCAGGGACAAGCUGGUCUAGAACUCUCGCUGCAACGUGCGCAUCUUGCUCGUCAAGAUCACGUGUAUGGCCGAGACGACGAGGUCGUGCUUGCCGCUCUUCUCUACGAGGUUGCUUGUUUCAUUCCGGCGGGAGAGAAGGUGGAGGAAAGCAGCCAUGACGCUCUUGGCGAGUACUAUUUGCGCAGUCUCGGGUUUGGUGGAAAGGUUGCCGGUCUGGUUGGCACGCAUGUCAUGACAAUGAGAUAUCUAGCUGCGACUGAGAAGGACUACUACGAUGGUUUAAGCGAGGGGAGCAAGAAGACUUUGCUUUCGCAGGGAGGUAUUUUCAGCCAGGAACAGGUCAAACAAGCCCGGGACGACCCUCUGCUUGGAGCGAAGCUGGCUCUUCGGAGAUGGUACGAUCUAGCCGAAGUACCAAACAUAGGGGUGCAACCACUAUCAGAUUACAAAGAUAUUGCCUAUAGAUGCCUUUCAGUCGUGAUCUGCGUGGAUGGGUUUGACCCAGAAUAUCUUCGAUCUGGCGUACAAGGCGGGAUAUUGCCUACAAUGAAAGAAAUGGUCGAGAAAGGCUUUCACACCACCGCUAAAAGCUGCAUGCCAUCAUUCACAAACCCUAAUAAUGUUUCAAUCAUCACAGGCAUGCCUCCGUCCAUCCAUGGAAUUGCAGGUAACUUUUUUCUGGACAGAGAGACUGGGAAGGAGACAAUGAUCACGGACGACUCUCUACUACGAGGAUCGACACUACUGGAGCAAAUGUCCAUACGAGGUGUUCGUGUCGCUGCCAUAACAGCUAAAGACAAACUGCGAAAAAUUCUCGCACACGGCUUGAAAGAAGCCAUCUGCUUUUCAGCAGAGCGCGCUGGAAAAUGUACGUUGGAAGAAAACGGGAUCGAAAACGUGGAAGAUUGGAUUGGUCGUUCUGCGCCCAGCCAAUAUUCCGGGGACCUAUCACUGUUUGUUCUGGAUGCUGGUAUCAAAUUGCUGGAAGAAGGGCGUUCGGACUUUCUAUAUUUGACGUUAUCUGACUACAUCCAGCACAAGUAUGCGCCGGGAAGUAAACAAGCCGAUGAGUUCAUGAAGGGUAUUGAUGCUCGAUUGAAGAAAUUGAUAGCCUUGGCUCCAAUUGUUGGCGUCACUGGUGACCACGGAAUGAGCCAGAAGUCCAAUGCCGAGGGCGAGCCUAACAUACUCUUCCUUGAAGACAGCCUGGGUGAAAGGUUCGGCACUGGAUCUUCUCGUGUUAUAUGCCCCAUCACCGACCCAUUCGUGCGCCACCACGGAGCCCUAGGAUCAUUUGUGCGCGUCUAUCUCAAAGACCUGACACGGUUGGACGAUGUGCUGGCAUACUGUCAAUCUUUGCCAUACGUCGACAUCGCUUUGAGUGGCAAAGAAGCAGCAGAAAAGUACGAUAUGCCUUUAGACCGGGAAGGGGAUAUUGUUGUCAUAUCCAAGCCUCAUACAGUGAUCGGAAGUCGGAAAGCGGAACACGACUUAUCCCAAGUAAGAGAUCAUCCUCUUCGGUCGCAUGGAGGGAUCAGUGAACAAGAUAUCCCGAUCAUCGCAUCCAAGCCAGUCCGAGACGUCGAAGAGGCUAUAACAAAAGCAUGGAGGAAUUAUGAUAUUUUUGACUUAGUACUGAACUGGGUGUGA